AUGGAGCGUCCCGUCCACGUUACAUCCGCCCGUCCGCCGCCGCCGCCGCCGGCCGGGACCAAGUACGGCACCUGCAGGUCGCACAAGCCGUACCGCCGACGGAGCUCUUACCACCAGGCGCCGAGGCGGACGGCGAGCAAGAACCGGCCUCGGCCCGUGGUGGCCAGGAUCGCGGCCAUCCUGCUGGUCCUGGGCGCCCUCACUGUGGCCAGCCUCGCGCAGUACUCGCCCUUUGGCUGGCUGCUGGGGCAGGAGACUCCAACGCGCGCUGUUUCCAUGUCCGAGCCCUCUUCGCCUUUGGUCUCUGCGGUUGGGGGACAGGUUGGGGAGUUGAGGGUUCGGCAGUACAAUCUGAGCCUUGGGCAGAGAUGGGUCAACCCAGACGGCGGAGGCUGGUGGCCUCGCACCACUUGCAAUGGCCGGUUCUCCUGCCCUGUCUUGCACGCCGAGGAAGGAGAAAUACUCAGAAUCAGCUUACUUAACAAGCCAAUCUCUCAGGAGUAUCCGUUGGUCUGGUAUUGGAAAAGAGCUAUGAGCACCAGUUGCUGUAAGUCACAUACACCGGGCAUGCAGCCUCUGCACCAGCCGGUGGGCCCGCCCCUGGCUUUUUUGCCUUCUUUGCCUCUGGCUUCUUCGGUGCGGGGAGACGAUGGAUUCAAUCGAAGAUGAAGCUCAGAUCUGUCAUCCUGGCGUCCCAUGUUCCAGACUAUCCGAUCGUGAGGCACCAACCCCCGGACGUUUGCCUGGGCGUUAUUCGUUGUGCGCCUCCAUCUUCAUUGGAGACCUCUCCAGAGGGGGCUUUUGCCCAUAUAAAGGAGCUCAGUGGCUG